GAGAGGGGCGAGACCGACCGCCCCGUCCCCCCACGUCACCGCUCCGCCGGCCGCCGACGCGCAGUGUGGGGAUCCGGAGGUUAUCGAACCGGGCUGAUCGCCGCCGUGCAUCGCUGCCCCUUUCCCCGCUACAACAAGAGUGCCUCUCUGCUGCCCCCUGGUGACCAUGCAGAGUCUCUGUGCCGUGGUCGUGGCCCUGGCCGCUGUCGCCCUCAGCUCGGCGGACUCGAACACGCACAGACACAGACACGACUCCAACCUGGAGAUCUACAAGCGGCUGUUUGAGACCAAGAGGAAGGAUCAGCUGAACGCGCUGAAGAACCUGGUGGAGCUGAACGACAUCAACCAGCAGUACAAGAUCAUAGACAUCAUGCUCAAAGGACUCUUCAAGGUGUUGGAGGACUCGAAGCAGAUCCUGGUCACGGCCAACAUGCAGCCGGACGACCCCUUCCCCAUGGACGACAAGAUCAAGGAAGCAUACUCCCAUGUGGUGGAGAACACGGCGUUUUUCGGCGACGUGGCGUUGCGCUUCCCCCGGAUCGUCCACCACUACUACGACCGGAACUCGGACUGGGGCGGGCUGCUGCGCUGGGGCCUGAACUUCUGUAACCAGACGGGGGUUUUCACCGGAGGAGCCCACCAGCAUGUCCUCACGCUUAUGUCACAGGAGCUGGGAAUAAUCGACAAAACGCCAGACUUCUUAAACCCGUACCGCACAGAGAGAGACGAUGUGCUUCACACAGCCGAGGCUUUCCAGAAGAUCCUGAGGGAGGAGGAGAAGAGGAGGAGGAAGGAAGAGAAGAGGAAAGAAAUCAGGAAAGGGCCUCGUAUAUCACGCUCUCGCACCGAGCUAUAGCGCUGCACCCCGGCGCCUGUGCAGAGCGGCAAGGAGGAGGAGGAUGAGGAGGAUGAGGAGAAGAAGAAGAAGAAGGAGCAUCCGCACAGUCCACACAGCUUGACUUGUAGACUCAGAUGACAGUGACGGAAAUAAAAGCUGCCGUCACUGGUACACAAGCCUGGUGCUCUGUUGUGAAGAGGAGAGGAAACCUCGAUGUGACACAACAAAGUAGAACCCAGGUGGAUGUGAGUCUGUCUGCGGUGUAAGAGGUCAAAGGUGAAACGGGAGUUUUAAAAACAAACGGGGAAACACAUUUUUGAUAACUUGACGAUUACAUUAUUGUACUUUGGGAAUAUAAGAAAUUUCAAUAAAUUUAGCUUCAGAACUUUGCAAACCCCCCCAGUGUUCCGUGUCCAGACUGCUUUGAAUACGCGUGGCUGCCAAAUAUCUAUAAAUAUUUGACCUCACCUCAUUGAAAUGCAGUCUGUGUCUGAAAAGGUUCAGUUUGAUGGAAUAAGAUGUUGUUUACAUUUGUCGUCAUUUCUUUGAAGUGAGAUGUGUUGCUGCUGCUCCGAGUUGUAAUCACGUUUCUUACAUUUGUUCGCUUGAAUCAUUCUGAAUCAUUUUUGUUAUCUGAGUGGAUCAUCAGCCAUGUUUCCUUUUCACAUCGAUUCUAUUUGUGAUUUAUGUUCAGACCAAUCCCUGGAGUUAUUUUAAUCCCUUAUUAAUCAGAUUUUCUUUUUUGUAAAGAUCCGUAGACUUCUCAUCCAGCUGCAGCUCCCAGCUCCAGUUUCUGUUUCUGUUUCUUUAUCAUUUUCUUUUCGUCUUCGCUGGAAAUUGGUAAUAAAAUAGUUUAACGACUGUUAACAGACUUUAUGUAUAUUCAGAGACAGAAUAUCACUGCUGCAGAAUGAACAAGCCAUUUUGUUUUCAGAUGUAAAGAAAUAAAGUGACUCUGAUAUGUAAAA